AUGGGCGAGUCACGCUUUGUUGGCUGCGGGCCCGACACCUUCAGCUACACGAACGUGUACGACCAAGACAACGUGAGCUUCGCUCCGGAAGACAACAUGUACUUCGGUGAUCUCGACAAUGGUCUGGUGGGCCUGCAGCCAGUGCAGCGUCCCUUCCAAUAUCAAUACCCACCUUUCCACAGUAUGCUUCAAGCAUUACCACCCGUCCAGCGCCAGAUCCGCAUUCAAUACGAACCACAGUGGCCAUCUAACGACUGCUUACGGACCCCGUCACCGGACCGGACUUCGGCCUCUGACUGCUCAACGGACGCAUCAUUGAGUGACAUUCACUCGCCAUAUGUGUACCACGCCAUGCCAUAUGCAGGUCCGACAGAGGGGUACUCUCCUUCUUUGCUGCCAUUUCCAACAACAGAGCACCUCAAAGAAGGCGGUUAUCCAACCCAUCCUCCGUUGUCCGGAGGUAGUAUCAACCUACAGAUGAUCGAAUACGAGCAUCCUGAGCUCGAGUCGGAGACAGUGGUCGAUGAAGUAGAACAUGUUGACUUCAAGCAUGAGGCAGUAGCUGCACACGAAGUUACUGCCGUCAAAGUCGGUAGCCCAGCAUCUGACCUCUCUACCGAUUAUCCCGACUCUGGUCUCGGCAACUCACUGCGCGACGCAGAGUCAGUCCAGCCAAUCGAUCAUACAGAAAUACACGACGAUCCCGAAUCCGAUGAGGACUACAGUCCCAAAGGCAUUCGAUCCAACAAGAGAAAGCGAUCAUAUUCGUCAAGCAGCGGCUCGACGAAAGCCUCGAAGCGCAAGGACUCAAGCGCCUCGACUUCCUCUACCUCCAACAGAGUGUCAAAGCGAACCCGACGAGCAUCUGCCCCCACAAAAAAGCAAAUCAAACCCGACACCGACGACCGACGAUUCCCAUGCCCCCUCGCCCCAUACGGCUGCGACUCCACCUUCUCCUCCAAGAACGAAUGGAAGCGCCACGUCAGCACGCAACACAUCAAACUCUUCUACUGGCGCUGCGACCUGUGCGCGCCUACGACCGACGCCAAAAACGACCAGAAUCUCUACUUCAACGACUUCAACCGCAAAGACCUGUACACACAACACAUCCGCCGCAUGCAUGCCGCGCCCAAGGGCAGUGUCUCGCAUUCCGAGAAGGAUUUCCCGGUAACCGAGGAGAAUCUGCAAGAGCACCAGUCACGCUGCUUCACUACCUUGCGUCAAGCACCGCAGCAUUCGUGCUGCUUGUUCUGCGAUAAGACGUUUGAAGGUCCCGCGAGUUGGGAGGAGCGCAUGGAGCAUGUGGGCCGGCAUCUGGAGAAGGAUAAUAAGGGAACUGUGGGUGUCCAGGCGUGGAAUCCCGACUCGGAGCUUGAGCGGUAUUUACUUGACGAGGGACUUAUUGUUAGGGGCGAGGGAGAGGUGUGGAAGAUUGGUGAUGGGAAGCCCUUGAGGAGGAAGCGUGAGGAUGAUUAUGGGGAUGAGGAAUAGACGCAUUUUAUUACGAAUCUUCUUCUGGUGGGAUAGUUUGAUACCCUUUUGAGCGCAAGACAUUUUUGCUUGGUGGGUGGGUUGGGGGAAACAAAAGAUUUAGUUAUUUGGCAUUGCAAAAUCCCCUUAUUUUUUCCAAACUCAUUGGACAAUCACUCGCCCAGCAAAACGUUCAGGACCUUGACUUGUCUUCCAAAUUCGCAUUUCUACCCUUCCCCAUCCCGUACCACAAAUACUCACUCACAGCCCCCACCCUCAGUUUUCCAAAAAGUCUCAGCCCCAAUGUCAAACAACCCCGACCCCACGUCGUGUAACGUCCACGGGUGCACAGCCCUGACAGGCAGAUUACACCUGCAUACCCGUGAAACACGUCGCGCUCAGCUCACCGGAUGCAGUGAGAUGGUGAUGGGGGUUUAGGGGCCGGUACUUUUGGGCAGGAAUUUGGGGGCGGAAAAGAUAUCGUUGGAGGCACCGGUGUGUGGGAAAUGGGAGAGGAGUGCAGAUUGCGCAUCCCCAUUUGCUGCAGGAAACUUAACUUAU